AAGUACAGAUAUCGAUGGAGACUUCAGAAAUCCACCCCUCACCGGAGUUUGACUUGUCCCCAAAGGUAGAUAUUCGACACCAACAGAACUGCGGGUCUUUGGAAAACAGGGCAAUGCUGAAGGCUGAUAAGAAAACUACUAUCAAUGGCAACUUGGUGGGGGCCAUCGCAAACACCAAAGAAAAGCUGAACGCUACUUUUCAGUCAGCCGAAGGACAAGAAAAUGGAAACAUCAACCAUGAUGCAGAGCACACACAAACGGAACUAGAACGAGAGCUGAAAGAACUCUGCAUCGAGGUUGAUGAACUGAAAGCAUCCCGCCAACAUGCCCAGAAAUUGGAGAAGGAGAACAGAGAUCUCACCAAGGAAUAUGAGAGCAAUACACAACAGCAACAGGAGCAAAUUGAUGAUCUGUUGUGGAAACUCGAAGAGAAAGAACGAGAAGUUAACGAACUGGCAGCGACAAACGAGCGGAUGGAGACAGAGCACAGUGAGGCAUUAAGGCUUUCUGAGACCAGGGAACAACAGCAGCAGGAGCAAAUUGAUGAUCUGGAACAAAAACUCCAUGAAAAAGAACAAGAAGUUAACGAACUGACAGCGACACAAGAGCGGAUGGAGACAGAGCACAGUGACAUGUCAAGGAUUUCUGAGACCAGGGCACAACAGCAACAGGAGCAAAUUGAGCAGCUUCAAACAGAGCUGGAAAACACCCAACGAGUAUCUGCAGAACUGGCCUUGGAAAAGGAAGCCCUCGAAACCAGGUCAGGAGAAUACAGAGAUACAAUCAACACGGUCCGCAAGGAGCUUGAGCAGCUCACAGAGAUAGUGAAGGAGCAGGAGAUCCUUUUGAGGGGCCUUCAUCCACUGUUGCCUGGCGUAGAUGACCUUGUGGACUGUCAGCGCCACCUUGCUGAGCUGACUGGAGAUGACAUCCAGUUGACUGCCCACAUGAGAGAGUGCCAGUCCUGCCAGCGCGUGGUCACCCACUACCUCUUCCACAUCAAAACGUGCCACACGAUCAACUGUGAGCGCUGUGCUUACGUGCGACAGUUGUAUUGUGGGCAUGUCUUUACGUGUGAGAGGGAGGGGUGUGACAUUACAGGGUGUGAGGAGACCAAACAGGCCAUCCGGGACAGUCAACUCAGUCCUGAAGAGCUCCAGAACAACAAACAGUUUAGAGACAAGAUUUCAGUCCAUCUGAGGAGGAUCACAAGUCCAUCCUGUGGAACUGCCGAGUGUGGGGGAAUUUUCCGUGCAUUCCAACAGAGGGAAUUCUGGGCAGUUGCAGUGGGGCCGGUCAACCUGCAUCGCCAUCAAAUCAGCAACAGGCUGCUACAGAUGUGCUUCCGCAUUCUACCCUUCACAGUAUCACAGGCAGAGCAGGCUAUCAUAGCCUGCCUCAGUCACAGUGACCUCUGGUCCAGUCCUAGUCACAGGAAGAGAUGUCUCGUCUGUAACAUCUGCCUAACCUCCCUGCGAUCCUGUGCUUCCUGUACACUGCCAAGUUGUGAAAUCUGCACCAUAGGUGCAAUAGCAUGUGCUCAACACAGUAUAAAUUGUACAACUGAAAGUUGUAAAAUCCCGUUUUGUAGAUAUUACAAACAUUGUGUAAGGGAUGGGGACACAGUGUAUCCCUCGCCGACUGUGUUGGCAUUAUUCAGGGAGAGUAUUCUAAUGUUAAACCAUCCUCCUAUUACAGGAGGCCUCUUGUAAAUCAUAUUGAUUGUAUGAUAUAAAUUAUAUAUGUACAAUGUUAAUAUAUAAAAAGUUGUUAGAAUAAAACUGUGAAAAUGUC